AUGAACAACACCCGGCGUCUGUUUCCGUCGCUGGUGCGAUCUGAGGCCACCCUCUUUUCGUCCGCGAUGAACCUGCCGAUUUUCGCCCCCGGUUCGGAGACUGAAGUGAUGGCCAACAAGCGUAACCGCAAGGCCAAGAAGAAGCACAGGAAGAGGCAGGAAGGCAAGGAAGUUUCGCUCCGAAGGGCCUAA